CCCGUCCCUCCCCGCUCCUCCCCGGUGCCGCCCCCCGCGGGCAUUGGCCGGACGGCGGCGAUGGCGGCGAUUCGCAGCGUGAAGGGCCUGGUGGCGCUGGUGACCGGCGGCGGCUCCGGGCUGGGCCGGGCAACGGUGGAGCGGCUGGUGCAGCGCGAGGCGCGGGUGGUGCUGCUGGACCUGCCCACGUCCAACGGGGGCCAGCUGGCCCAGGAGCUGGGCGACCACUGCGCCUUCGCCCCGGCCGAUGUGACCUCUCCCAAGGAGGUGGGGGAGGCGCUGGCCGUGGCCCAGAAGAAAUUUGGGCGCCUGGACCUGGCYGUGAAUUGUGCUGGCAUUGGCAUCGCUGUCAAAACCUACAACAGCAAGAAGGACAAAGUGCAUGACCUGGAGGAUUUCCAGAGGGUCAUCAACGUGAACUUGGUGGGGACCUUCAAYGUGAUCCGCCUCAGUGCGCAGAUGAUGAGCCAGAACAAGCCCGACGCCGACGGCCACCGUGGGCUCGUGGUCAACACCGCCAGUGUGGCCGCCUUUGAGGGACAGGUGGGUCAAGCGGCCUACUCGGCCUCCAAGGGCGGCAUCGUGGGCAUGACCCUGCCCAUCGCCCGGGACCUGGCCCCGCUGGGCAUCCGUGUGGUGACCAUUGCCCCAGGGCUGUUCUCCACCCCGCUGCUGGCCGGUUUGCCAGAGAAGGUCCGGAACUUUUUGGGACAACAAGUGCCUUUCCCGUCCCGCCUGGGGGACCCUGCUGAAUACGCCCACCUUGUGCAGGCCCUGGCCGAAAACCCCAUGAUCAAYGGGGAGGUGGUGAGGCUGGACGGGGCCCUGCGCAUGCAGCCCUGAGUCUGGGGGAUCCCCUCCCCGAAUUUGGUGGUGGGGAGCGGCCACGCUGGGGUUGGAGAGCAGGGAUGGACACUGUGGCUGGACGCUCUCCGGGGACACUCCAGGAUGGGAACACUGCGGGGACAAGGACUGGGGRCACCAUAUGAGUGGGGACACUCUCUCCUGAGUGGACACAAUUUCCCCCCGAGUGGACAUAACCCCCGACCCGAAUUGGGACACCACAUGAGUGGGGACAGCACAUGAGUGGCGACACCCUGGGAUUUGGGGACAAACUCCACGAAUGUGACCAUGAGGCCCCCCGGGAAGAUGGGAUGAGGGCCCUGCUCAGGUGUGGGGGGCCCGUCCCGAGGCCCCCGAGCGUGGGAACCUCCGUGAGACCCCCCCGGGACCCCCCGUCCCUCCCCCGAGCCCCUCCCCCAUCGCAAUAAAGCGUGUUCGCCCACGCGGCCUCUGA